AUGCUCUCCGCGCUCCGAACCAUCCGAUCUCCGACGAGACGCGCCGUCACACAAUUGCGCACCGCCGCGACACAAGCUCAAAAACGCGCAGGCGACAUAUCCGACGCUUUCGCAUCGCUCUCAGGACAGGAGUUCACACCUCUGACGGCAGAAUAUGCGGACCUCAAGAGCCGUCUGAUCCGUGGGCACGAAGCCGAAGUGCGAGAAUCUUGGGAACGCCUCCUUCGAGAUCUGCGCGAGGAGAUUCCGCUGAUUGUUGAGCGUGGCAGUCAGGUUAUCCCAGAGAUUGAUUUCAAGGAUAUCGACAAUGCGCCGGAGUCUUUCAGCAGUGAACUGCGGAAGAGAGGUGUCGCCGUUAUCCGGAAUGUGGUACCAGAGCAAGAAGCGCUGCAAUGGAAAGAAGACCUGAGAGAGUACAUUCGCCAGAACCCUCAGACAAAAGCCUUCCCCGCCGACAACCCCCAAGUCUUCGAACUAUACUGGUCGCGCACCCAGCUCCUCGCCCGCGGCAACCCGAACCUCCUCAAGACGCAAUCCUUCCUCAUGUCCUACUGGCACAGCCUAAACCCCCACAUCCCGCUCUCCACAAAACACCCCAUAAGCUACGCCGACCGCCUGCGCAUGCGCCUCCCCGGCGACGCCAAGUUCGCCCUAGGCCCCCACGUCGACGGCGGCAGCGUAGAACGCUGGGACGAAGAAGGCUACGGGCUAGGCAAAGUUUACGACUCUGUAUGGAAAGGGCGAUGGGAAGAAUUCGAUCCCUGGGAAGCUAGUUGUCGUCUGCCCGUUAUUUCGGACCUGCACCAGGGUGUAGGAGCAUGCAGCGCAUUCCGCAUGUUCCAAGGCUGGCUCUCGUUGUCUACAACGGGUCCGUUUGAAGGCACACUCCUCGUCAACCCACUGUUGGCAAAAGCAACAGCAUACUAUCUCCUCCGCCCCUUCUUCUCCCCCAAACGCGGCGUCGAGCCAGGCGCGCAAACAACCUCCUCAUCCACCACAAACUCCGCCGAUUUCCUCGCCUCAGACAACUGGGAAAUGGAUAAGACACAAAACGCAUGGGUCCACGGCGCAACACCGGGUCGCGGCCAGGAACUGUCUCAUUUGCUACACCCGCAUCUCAACCUGCAAGAGUCCAUGAUUCAUAUGCCGGAGGUCAGGCCGGGUGACUAUGUAGCCUGGCAUUGCGACACCAUUCACAGCGUUGACAAAACGCACGCCGGAUCCUCUGACUCCAGCGUCCUUUAUAUACCCGCUUGUCCCAUGACGGAGGAUAAUGCGAAUUACCUUGUUCGUCAACGCGAAACGUUUCUUGCUGGUACUCCGAGCCCGGAUUUCGGUGGCGGUGUGGGGGAGAGUGAACAUGUUGGGAGGGUCACAGCAAGGGAGAUGGAGGGUUUAGUGGAAGAGGAGGGGAGGAGGGCUAUGGGGUUACAAGAGUGGGAUAGUGAUGCAGAGGGGUUGGGGCCGGGGGAGAGGGUUAUUUUGGAUCGGGCGAAUAAGAUUUUGGGGUUUUAUGAUUAG